AUAUACAUUCUCACUUAGAAAAAUACAGCCUCUACACCAUAUCUAGCCUACUAAACAAAGAAAAAUCAAAACAGCUAAUUAAUGACGACUAGAACAGCAGUUAUUCUUUUAUCCGAUUUUCUUUGGCAGUUGCCUGUGCUUAUUCUACUACUACCAUUUCACCAUAACUCGGCUGACGCUGCGGUUGGUGGCACGUGGGAGCUACUGAUGUCCGACAUUGGCAUUUCAGCCAUGCACAUGCAACUUCUCAACAACGAUAGAGUCGUCAUGUUCGACCGUACUGACUUUGGCGCAUCUAACAUUGCAUUGCCGAAUGGCAAAUGCCGCAACAACUCUAAUGACCUCGCGUUGAUAGUUGACUGCACUGCUCACUCUGUAGAAUUCGACGUCACCACCAACUCUGUACGUCCACUCAUGGUCCAGACCAACGUGUGGUGCUCCUCUGGCUCCGCUAUGUCCGACGGUUCUUUGGUUCAAACUGGUGGUUUCAACGACGGUGUAAACGUCGUAAGAGUUUUCAAACCGUGCAUCACGGGAAAAAGGAGCACUUGUGACUGGCAAGAAAUGGGAAAUGGCUUAAUUCAAAGCCGAUGGUAUGCUACCAAUCAUAUGCUUCCAGAUGGAAGGCAAAUUAUUAUUGGCGGUCGUGCGGCUUUUAACUACGAGUUUUAUCCCAAGACUACUUCAACCAACAACGUAUUUAGCCUGCCGUUUCUUGAGCAGACUAAUGAUCCUAUGGAGGAGAACAAUCUUUACCCUUUUGUUUUUCUCAAUGUAGAUGGAAAUCUAUUCAUUUUCGCCAAUGACAGAGCUAUCUUGUUCGAUUACAUGAUGAACACGGUAGUGAAAACGUACCCACAAAUACCUGGUGGUGAUCCAAGAAAUUAUCCAAGUACGGGUUCUGCAGUUCUUCUUCCAUUAAAGAACUUGCAAGAACAAACGAUCCAAGCUGAGUUUUUGGUGUGUGGUGGAACACCAAGAGGCUCAUACCUCAAAGCAACAACAGGUGACUUUUUGGGUGCAUUAAAUACUUGUGGCCGGAUUACAAUUACCGACCCGGAUCCACAGUGGACAAUGGAAACCAUGCCACUGGCUCGAACAAUGGGGGAUAUGAUAAUUUUACCAAAUGGAAAUGUUUUGAUCCUAAAUGGAGCUGCCGCGGGCGCCGCUGGAUGGGAACUUGGUAGGGAUCCGGUCUUGUGUCCUGUGAUUUAUCGACCUGAUAACCCACUUGAUUCUAGAUUCGAGGUACAGAACCCGAAUACCAUACCUAGAAUGUACCACUCAACAGCGGUUUUACUUCGAGAUGGUCGGGUUCUUGUUGGUGGUAGUAACCCAAAUGAGUUUUACAACUUCACCGGAGUUCUUUUUCCAACUGAGUUAAACUUGGAGGCGUUCUCACCAUCCUAUUUGGAUUCGGAAUCUGCUAAUUUGAGACCACAAAUCAUUUCUCCUGCUUCCCGUCAUAAAUUCAAGUAUGGGCAACGAGUUAACAUUCAGUUUACUGUUUCUGGAUUACUGAACAGAGAUUUGAUCAAAGUAACGAUGGUUGCACCCGGAUUUAAUACACAUUCGUUUACUAUGAACCAAAGAAUGUUGGUAUUUUCAAGUGGAGCUGUAAGAUUGAUUGGAAAAUUCGUCUAUCAAGUCAGCUUUGUCUUUCCAAAAUCGGGUAAAUUAGCACCACCUGGUUACUAUAUGUUAUUUGUGGUCCAUCAAGAUAUCCCAAGCGAGGGAAUUUGGGUUAGGAUCCACUAACCACAUUUGACUAUGCAGAGACUUAUUUUGUACUUACAAAAUUGACAUUUUAAUUUAUAACAAUGAUUGAGCGAAGCAUCCUUAAUUUU